AUGUCUUUCUGCAGCGGCUGCAUCGACCUCAAGGAGAUCCCCGGCUCGCCGUCGGGCAAGACGGAGAAGAUUGCCGGCCUCGACGCCUACGUGGCGCCCGGCAGCAAGAAGGGCACCAUCCUCAUCGCGCCUGACAUCUACGGCCUGGGCAUCACGAACCCCAAGAUCGUGGCCGACAAGUUCGCCGAGCAGUCCGGCUUCACCGUCUGGGCCGUCGACUACUUCAAGGGCGACCCCAUCAACCCCAAGGACUUUGUGCUGCCCAGCAAGGCCAGCGAGGGCCCGCCGUCGGAGGAGGCCAUGGGCAAGAACUUUGGCAACUUCCAGGAGUGGAUGGGCAAGGGCCACGGCUUCGACGAGACGUUUGCGCUCAUCAAGCCCGUGAUCGCCGAGGCCAAGAAGAACGGCCCGGUCGGCAUCGUCGGCUACUGCUACGGCGGCAAGACGGCCGUCAUGGCCGCCAAGGAGAAGCUGAUCGACGCCUUCGUGCUCUACCACCCCUCCAUGGUCGAGGCCGACGAGGCGGCGCAGAUCACUGUGCCCGUCCUCAUCAACGCCGCCGAGCUGGACCCGCUCUUCGGCGGCGAGGCCAAGGACACGUGGUUCAAGACGCUCAAGGAGAAGAACCUGCUUGACGAGGCCUCGACGACGUACCCCAACACGGUGCACGGCUUCGGCGCACGGCCCGACGUCAACGACGAGAAGGUCAACGAGUCGUGGAAGAAGUCGAUCGCCGCCACGACGGCCUUCUUCGGCCGCGUGUUUGCCUAA